AUGAGUUAUGACGUGGCAAAACAUCGUGAAAGUUAAAAAACUUGGGGGAAAAAAUUAAAAACAUUAUUUUCAAAGUGUGCAAUUUGGCGGGCCCUGUUAGAAGAUCGCUGUGAGACCAAAUGAUUUUCUGUGUGUACCUUUAUUUUUACUACUGUAGAAACUUUUUAUUUUUCAAAUUUUUUUGCGAAAUUAUUGUAUUUGUAUCACAUUUUAACCCAAUUUUUUGCAGUUCGUGAAUCUGACACUGUCAAACAUUACCGUAUUCGUCAACUCGAUCAUGGUGGAUAUUUCAUCGCAAGACGUCGACCUUUUGCAACUUUGCACGAUUUGAUAGCACAUUAUCAAAGAGACGCAGACGGACUUUGCGUCAAUCUCGGUCGACCUUGCGCAAAACCCGAAGCACCACAAACCACCACUUUUACGUAUGAUGAUCAAUGGGAAGUGGAUCGGAGAUCAGUUCGAUUGAUUCGACAAAUUGGAGCUGGACAGUUCGGAGAGGUAAGACAUUUUGGGAGAAGGAUGGAAAAUUUUUUAUCUAAUUGUCACGUGGAUGUUUUGUCGCCAAAUUUCGUACAAAAAAAGGAAUAAUUUCAGAUUUUUGUGUACGAUUUGAAUUUGAAAAAAAAAUUCCAGCCAAAAAAGUUAUUUCUUUGUGCUGAAAAUGAAAAUGAAAAUUAACAUCUAAAAUAAAAAAACGUUCUUCAAGUAGUUAUGCUGAUAAUAUCUCAAGAAGUCGAGCCUUGAACUCACCUCUGUCAAGCAGCCGAGCCUAGAGAACAUAAUUGUCUAGGACUCGUGUCUAGAGGUCAACUCUAACAAGCAACUGAUCCUUGAGAACCACUGUGGCUAGGUACGACGCCUUGAGAACUUCUAUUUAUGGUAUCUAAACCUAGAAACUCCAAUAGUUAUCUAGAUGUACAAGUUGUACUGAAUUUCUUUUAUUUUCCACCCAAAAAUCAAUAUUCUCGCCUCAAUAUUUGUUUUGAUAUCAAAUUAUAAUUUCUAAUUUUCCGAUUAUUUAUUUACCUUGCUCAGAAAAAAAGUGAGCAAGGCUAGGAUAAUCCCAAUCAAUAUUUAUUUACAAGCGAAAAAUGUUCUUUUUUUGCGCGAGCGAAAAAAAAGAAGAAGAUCUUCUUCUUUGUGGUGUCACUUUUGGUCAAAUAUUUGGAUAAGAAAAAGAAAAAAGAAAAAUGGCCGGAUAUUUUUUGUGGGGCAAAAAAAGAGGAUAUUAGGAGAAGGUGGAAAUUGGAACAGUGAAAUAAAUGGUUGGGGAUUUUGGGAUGCCCAAAAAAUUUUUGAAUUUUCGAAUUUUGCCGCCAAAAAUCCACGUCGUAGUUUUUGAGAAGAUUUAGGAUCUUGUGUUUUUUUUUUCUAAUUUCACGUGAACUAUGACGUGGCAAUUUGUACAACAACAAAAAAUUAAUUUUAGAAAAUGUUAUUCUUAUUUCGAAAAAGAGGAGAUUUGAAUUUUUUGAAAUUUUCGAUUUUCAAGGGGAAAAUUUAUUAAACAAUUUUGGAAUCCACGUGGCAAAUUUGAUAUCAGAAAUCUCGAAUUUUCAGAAAAAAAUCCAUGUGACAAUAAAUUUCCCUGUCAUAUCUAGUAUCAAAAAAUCCCAAAUUUAAUCUCAAAUAUUUCAGGUUUGGGAAGGUCGAUGGAAUACAAAUGUGCCAGUAGCUGUCAAAAAACUAAAAGCCGGCACCGCAGAUCCAACAGAUUUCCUAGCCGAAGCUCAAAUCAUGAAAAAAUUGCGACAUCCAAAAUUGCUCAGCUUAUACGCUGUCUGCACCAAAGAUGAGCCAAUUCUAAUUGUCACCGAAUUAAUGCAAGAGAAUUUGUUGACAUUUUUGCAAAGACGCGGUCGACAAUGUCCAUUGGCACAAUUGGUUGAGAUUGGCGCACAAGUUGCAGCUGGUAUGGCCUAUUUGGAGGAAAUGAAUUUUAUACAUCGAGAUUUGGCUGCGAGAAAUAUUUUAAUCAAUAAUUCACUUUCUGUCAAAAUUGCUGAUUUUGGAUUGGCGAGGAUUUUGAUGAAAGAAAAUGAAUAUGAGGCGAGAACUGGUGCAAGAUUUCCGAUUAAGGUAAGGAUUUUUUGAAAAGAGGGAACAGGUACUGUAGAUUACUGUAGUUUUUUCGAGAAUAAAUUAAAAAAAAAAAAGGAUUUUCCAAGAUAAAUAAGGAUUUUCGUAUUACAGUAACCUAAAAAUUUUAUCUAAUAUCUAAAAAAAACAGCAUUUUUUCAGAUUAGAAAAUUAUGGGUUACUGUAGUUUUUAGGGAUAUUUCCACUGAAAGUUUCAGAAAUUUCCUCUUUGAAAUUUGAGGGUUACUGUAUUUUUGGAAAAUUUUGUACAGUAACCUGGAAGUUUUGAAUUCAAAUUUUUAAAAAACCAAAAUCAUGAGAGAAAAAUUGAAUUUUUGAUCUGAAAGUUUGAGGUUACUGUACUUUCGCAGAUUUUCUAACAGUAACUUGAAUUAUUUUGUUGUGAAUUGUAAAUUCUAGAAAAAAACAUUUUUUUCUCAAAAUUCGAGGGUUACUGUAGUUUUUGUUUUGGAAUUUUCUACAGUAUCCCUGCAAUUCAGGAUUCUAACUUUUUCCUCAAAAAUCAAUAAAAAUAAAAUUUACCUUUUUGAAAUUUUAAAGGUUACUGUGAAUUUGGAUUACUGUAGGUCUUGUAGACGAUUUUUUACAGUAAGUUGGAUUAUUUUCAAUUCAAGAUUACAUGGACAACAUUAAAUUUUGAAGGCGAAGAAUUUUUCGAUCUUUUUUUUCGCUGGCAUUUUUUUAUUAGCAAAAAUUUAUUUUUGGAGCCAAAUUAAUGAGAUUUUUCAAAAAAUUUCCUCAAAAAAAUCGAUUUUUUUCAGUGGACUGCUCCGGAAGCUGCAAAUUACAAUCGAUUCACAACAAAAUCCGAUGUUUGGUCAUUUGGUAUUCUUCUAACAGAAAUCAUUACAUUCGGUAGAUUACCGUAUCCAGGAAUGUCAAAUGCAGAAGUUUUACAACAAGUUGAUGCCGGAUACCGUAUGCCGUGUCCAGCAAAUUGUCCGCCAUCACUUUAUGAUAUAAUGCAACAAUGUUGGAGAAGUGAUCCCGAUAAACGGCCAACUUUUGAGACUUUACAGUGGAAAUUGGAGGAUUUGUUCAAUUUGGAUUCUUCUGAAUAUAAGGAGGCUAGUAUGAAUUUUUGA